GGAGGAGGUUGGCCACGUGACUCUUGAGGCUCCGCUGGGCGGCCAGGCAGGGAGCGCCGCUACAGCCCAGGAGGAGGCGGCGGGCGCGCAGCCCGAGCUGCGCGGGACUGGUCGUCGGGGUUCCGGGACGACGGACCCCGGGGAGCGCCCAUGCCAUGGAGAAGCUGGCGGCUGGGCUGGCCGGGCUGCGCUGGAGCAUGGGCGCUUUCCCGCUGGACCUCAUCGUAAGCCGCUGCCGCCUGCCCACUCUCGCCUGCCUCGGACCAGGGGAGUAUGCUGAGGGUGUCAGUGAACGAGAUAUCCUGCUGAUCCACUCCUGCCGCCAGUGGACGACAGUGACAGCCCAUACCCUGGAGGAGGGCCACUACGUCAUUGGGCCCAAGAUUGACAUCCCCCUGCAGUACCCAGGCAAAUUCAAGCUCCUGGAGCAGGCUCGGGAUGUGAGGGAGCCCGUGAGAUACUUCAGCAGCGUGGAGGAGGUGGCCAGUGUCUUCCCUGACAGAAUCUUUGUGAUGGAAGCCAUCACCUUCAGUGUAAAGGUGGUGUCAGGCGAGUUCAGCGAGGACAGCGAGGUGUACAACUUCACACUGCACGCAGGCGACGAGCUCACACUCAUGGGCCAGGCAGAGAUUCUGUGCGCCAAGACGACCAAGGAGCGCUCGCGCUUCACCACGCUCCUGCGCAAGCUGGGCCGUGCAGGGGCCUUGGCAGGAAUCGGCGGUCCCGGGAACAUGGGGGCCACAGGGGGUGGCGGCGGGGCCGCCAGGCCCGUCAAAGGCAAGAUGCCCUGUCUCAUCUGCAUGAACCACCGCACCAACGAGAGCCUGAGCCUGCCCUUCCAGUGCCAGGGCCGCUUCAGCACGCGCAGCCCGCUGGAGCUGCAGAUGCAAGAGGGCGAGCACACGGUGCGCGCCAUCAUCGAGCGCGUGCGGCUGCCGGUGAACGUGUUGGUGCCCAGCCGGCCGCCGCGCAACCCAUACGACCUCCACCCGGUGCGGGAGGGCCACUGCUACAAGCUGGUCAGCAUCAUCUCCAAGACGGUGGUGCUGGGGCUGGCGCUGCGCCGCGAGGGCCCGGCGCCGCUGCACUUCCUGCUGCUCACCGACACGCCGCGCUUCACUCUGCCGCAGGGUCUGCUGGCCGGCGACCCGCGCGUCGAGCGCCUGGUCCGCGACAGCGCCUCCUACUGUCGCGAGCGCUUCGAUCCGGAUGAGUACUCAACCGCGGUGCGCGAGGCGCCCGCCGAGCUCUCCGACGACUGCGCCAGCCCCCGCCGUGCGCGCCUCUGCCUACCCGCGCCGCGCGCCCCCGGGCCUGUCCGCGCGCCUGGACCGCCGGGUCGCCUGGGUCCCGCCCUGCCCGCGCCCGGCGACGGUGACCAGGAGUAUGUGAGCCCGGAUUGGGCGGGUGCGACCGAGCCAGCGGCCGGAUGCGCCGAGAUCCCCUACGAGGAGCUGUGGGUGCACCAAGCCCCAGAGAGCCUCGCCGACGCCCGUGCACGGCCGCUGGCGGGGACGGACCUCAUCUCCUUUGGGACCGUGGGGCCCCCACGGCAUGAGCCAGAGGCACCACCGCCUCCUGUUCCCCCCAAAUCCGAGGCGGUGAAGGAAGAGUGCCGCCUGCUCCACGCCCCUCCAGUGCCUCCUAGGGGUGGUGGCAGCUGCAGCAGGCUCACGGGGAGCCCUCCGGUGCCGCCCCGCUUUCCCAAGCUGCAGCCUGUCCACUCGCCCAGCUCCAGUCUCUCCUACUAUUCCUCCGGCCUGCAGGAUGGGGUAGGAUCCCGCAGUGGCAGUGGCUCCCCGUCACCGGAUGCAUACUCUCUCUAUUGCUACCCUUGCACCUGGGGAGACUGUAAAGCCAGCGAGUCCUCUAGUCGGCCGCCACCAGGAACCCUGCCUUCUACCACCACCCAACCCAGCCAGGUCUCAAGAGCCCUAGCAGAGCCCCUGAGUGGUCGAACCACCUCCCUCUUGGGGGCUGACACCUCAUCGGUUAAGAACUAUCAGAGCUGCCCACCUCUGUUCAAGCCCUCUCGUCCCCAGAAGUCCUUUGCUCCUUUUGGUGCACUCAACCCCUUCUCUGGGCCUGCCCACCCUUUGGGUGCUCCAGCGGUCUCCUCCUCUGGGUCCACAUCCACCUCGGGUGCCCUGGCUACCUCCAGUCCCACACACUCUCCAGGCCCAGGUCCACAGGGCCAAGGUUACUCAGCUGCCCUCUCCUCCUCGUCGAGCUCCGAGUGGCAGGAGCCAGCGCUAGAGCCUCUGGACCCAUUUGAGCUGGGGCAGGCCAGUCCUUGUGAGCUGGAGCUGCUGCGCUGUCAGGAGCCCAGAGCUGCGGGGGCACCUGGGUCUGGACCUUGCCUUUCACCACUUGGUCCACCCAAGGCCUUUGAGCCCGAAAGUUUGGUGCUGAGGCAGGUCCCUGCCUCACUGUCACCAGCUGCCUUGCAGGGGCCUGAGGCAGGAGGAACCCUACUCUUUCUCACUCAAGGGUGCCUGGAAGGGCCUCCUGGCAGCCCCAGGGAGGGAGCCACAGGUGCUGGGGUCCGGGAUGCCUCCUCCUGGCAGCCACCAGCAGACUUGUCCACACUCUCCCUGGAAGAGGUCUCUCGUAGUCUGCGCUUCAUUGGGCUCUCAGAGGACGUGGUGAGCUUCUUUGCCCGAGAGCGCAUUGACGGAAGCAUCUUUGUGCAGCUCAGUGAAGACAUCUUGGCCGAUGACUUCCAUCUCACCAAGCUUCAGGUCAAGAAGAUCAUGCAGUUCAUCAAAGGCUGGAGACCCAAGAUCUGAACUGCACAGCCUGAACUUUGGGAGCAGAGGCCCUGGCGUUUAACUUGGGUCUGUCAGAAACAGCAUUCCCAGAGGCAGGUCCUUCCUGCAGGGAAAAUCUGGGUCAAGAUGGAGACUGCUCUGGAGCACUGGGUGUUCCAGGGGAGAUACACUGGAAACGGUGGCCCUCUGGGGCCAGACCCUGCAGGAGUAUGCCUUGCCCUUUGAGGAGGAGGCACCGCUCUGUGCAUGCCCUGGUGAGGCUUUUAGUGCCACCCCCACAGCAGGGUAAAGGUAGUGUGUAUGUCAUCGGGUGGCUUCGUGCUGGUAGAAUGCCUUUCUCUGCCCUGCUGCAGCUUUUCACAAACACACACUUCUCAGCCCUGUAUGUUCAGGUUAGAGACAAGGGAAGAUGGCUCAUCAUUUUAAGCACAGUGUCCCCAAAGUGCCCUUUCUUUCAUGCUCUGUGCGGCUUUGGCCUGCAUCUGUUCCAGAUUAGGGAUGUGAUUUCUGUCUGUGAGGUACCCCCCUUGCCCUGUGAAUCAGUUACACGUCUGUGUCCAGCACCAGAGUCCCUGUUGUGACAUCAUCACAAAUAGCCUGUUGUUUUCCAUAGGGCAGUCUGAGGACCUAGUCCCUGAGGGAGAGGAGCCAGAUGUAAGUCAGACACCUCCACCCUACUAGUCUCCUGCCAUCAGUUUUGGCUCUGCUGGACUCCUUGGAGUGUCACUGGUACAGGACAGUGUAGCUGGUAAAGAGCAGCAAGUGGCUCAGAAAAGCUGCUUGCUCCUGAGCUCAGUCGAGAACUUACUCACAUGGUUCAGAGCAGAUCUUUGUACCCUUCAGUCUCGAGUAUGGUGAUCUGUUUGAUGGUAGAGGCCUGGCUAAUACACACCCCUCAUCCUCAUUCUCCAGCACCUCUAACAAGAACCGCACUCAUGGCCUCCGGUGUCAGGGCCCCAGCGGUAGUAGUUUUCUCAUCUGCCUUCCCCGGCCUACCUAGAUAUUUAUUUCUUGUGUUUUAUGAAUAGUUAAGCCCUGCCCAUCUGUGCCUUUCAGACGAAAACAUGGAAACUUACACUGUGCUGUUUGUCUUCUCACAGUUGUUUAAUGAAACCUUAAGGAAUAAGGAAAUAAAGGCUAGACCCUGGAGUGGUGAAAGAGUAGG